CUAUGAAGAACGCAAUCACUGUGUUGGUUUUGGUUAGCCUCAUAAGUAUUGUAAAAUGCCGUAUAAUAGGAAUCAACAUAACAAUCUCUGGUGUGGACGACGGUCCAUCUAAGAACCUUCCACUCAUCGUGUCCAUUACUAGCGGUGCCGAAAACUCAACACAGACUAUAGAAUCGACAACCCAAAAUUCAGUUGUUGCUACUACCCUGGCUCCUAGUGUUGCUGCUCCUGCAAAUUCCACUAGUCCCCCUACUGCUACUUCUGCAAGUUCGGUUGUUGCCAGUACAGCUUCUAGUGCGGCUGGUAACAGCACAGCUGUAGUUCAAAGCGCUGCUGUAGUUAAGAGUACAGCCAGAUAAUUUUUUUGAGAUAAUAAAUUUGGUUCAAAAGAUAUUAAUCUUCUGUAUCCAUAUUUAUUUUCUUAUGUAAUAUAUUAGUAAUAAAAUUAGAAAUAUGUAUGAGCAAUUAUUGCAAUAGAUUUUAAUAAGAUGUUAUAAAAUGGAGGCUGUUUAUUUAAAAUUUCUUCGUUUAAAUAAAGAAACCUAAAGUGUUGCCAGACAGACAUAAAAUACACAAUUUUAGUGUAAGUUAUGUAAUAUUUAUUUCGUAAUUAAAUAAAUAGCCAAAAGGUAUAUGUCUAUUAUUUUUCUGAUUAUUUUAUUAUUAAUAAGAAAGAAAGUAAUAAUGUAAGUAAUAGUGACAUACACUAUUUAUUCUUUUUAUUUUAAAUUAUUUUAAGUCGGAGAUAGUAACUAAAUGAAAAAAGCAAUUAACUAGAAAUUUAUAUAUAUUUUUUCGGUUCAUCCGGUUAUAUUUUUUUCAAAUUUCCAUAAAUAAACACCACAAAACUCCCGAACAUUGAUAUCCUUUUCUGGGACAUUUAUAACUUACACCUGGCAACAUCAA